AUGGAGGCCAUCACUCGACAAAACGCUGCCACCUUUGAGUCAGACGGCAUCUCCCAAAGCGAGAACAGCCGCCCGACGACAGCUGAUGGCAGUGCUAUGGGCGACGAGGGCAAUGCUUGGAUGGAUGGGCCAAGCUCACCCGCAAAGCAUAGCUCUCCAGAUCGUAGUGGCUUUAUCAUUGAAGAUGAUCUCGAUCUUCUAGAUAUUGCCGGACAGACUGAUGGCUACAUGCCCGGGGAUUUAAGCUUGCUUAUCUCAAGGGCUCGAAACGAAGCGCUCAUGAGAUCAUUCAAGGACACGUCUACAGAUAUUGACAAGGGCUCAGUUCUUCUGGGUCGGGUUGAUUUCGAAAAUGCACUGAAGGGUUUCACGCCUGCUUCCCUACGAAAUGUGUCUUUGCAGAGCUCUACCACAACAUUCGACUCGAUCGGUGGUCUCACAGAGACUCGUCGCAUUUUACUAGAAACAUUGCAAUAUCCAACGAAGUAUGCGCCAAUUUUUGCGCAGUGCCCCCUGAGGCUGCGGUCUGGCCUGCUUUUGUACGGAUAUCCAGGAUGCGGAAAGACUCUGUUAGCCAGUGCUGUUGCUGGAGAAUGUGGCCUAAAUUUCAUCAGUGUCAAGGGCCCUGAGAUCCUGAACAAGUACAUCGGUGCUUCUGAGAAGAGUGUCAGGGACCUGUUUGAGCGGGCACAAGCCGCUAAACCGUGUGUGCUAUUCUUCGAUGAGUUUGACUCAAUUGCGCCAAAGCGUGGGCAUGACUCUACCGGUGUAACGGAUCGUGUAGUCAACCAGCUGUUGACUCAGAUGGAUGGUGCCGAGGGACUGUCCGGAGUAUACGUCCUCGCUGCGACAUCACGACCUGACCUGAUUGAUCCCGCGCUCCUCCGACCCGGUCGUCUUGACAAGUCGAUCCUCUGCGAUUUUCCUGACCAACUUGAACGCUUAGAUAUUAUCAAGGCGAUAGCCAAGAAAGUCAAGCUUGGGGACGAAGUGCUGAAUUCAGAACACUAUCUGACGGAGCUUGCUGGGCUGACGGAGGGCUUCACAGGAGCUGACCUGCAGGCCUUGGUCUCGAAUGCACAGCUUGAGGCAAUCCAUGAUGUCUUAGGCGACCGAGAGCAUGAACCCGCCUCCCAAGGAGGUCGACACGUGGGCAGCAAGAGUAAUACGAAGAAGCCCGUGAACAGUUCCGCACGCAACUUUGUGCAGUUUCGGUACGGACAGCAGGAGGCUGUGGAAGAGGCCGAGCGUCGAGCUCAGUCGGGUACGACCAGGUCAUCCGAGCUCGCUGAGCAGGCUUCAAUUGCGGCGAAGCUCGAGAGCAUCAAGCUGGCGCGGCGGCGCGUGAAGCAGCAGAAGGGUCAUGUGGCAGGGACUGACCUUGUUGACGGCAAGUCGGAGAAAGACCAGCACAAGGAAGUCCUUAUCGGAUGGACGCACCUCGUAAAAGCUCUUGAUAAUACCCGGGCGAGUAUCAGCACGGAGGAGCGCAGGCGGCUUGAAAGAAUAUAUCGCGAGUUUGUAGUCGGCAGGAGCGGAGAGAUGCGAGACGGCCAGGGUAGUAUGGAAGUUGGUGGCCGGAGCAGUCUCAUGUAA